AUGCUCAUCAGGACUUUAAUGAGAUUUCAGGAGUAUGUGGUGGCGCACGAAACAGGACAUGCGCUCGGCUUCUGGCACACACAUCAACGACCCGACAGAGAUCGUCACAUUUCUAUUAAUUGGAAAAAUGUGAUGGAAGAAGCGACCGCGUCAUUUAUGCCAUUUCGAAGCAUGCUUCAAGCCUUCGGUAUUCGUCAAGUCUCUCCACGACGAGUUCCUUACGAUUACGGAUCUCUCAUGCAUUACCAUGCAGUCGCUCACGCGAUCAAGGUACGUAACCAU